AUGCCUUUCGAACAAUUAUCUUACGGAUCUAGAACAUCGAGCUAUGACGAGUCAAUUGUUAACAGUUAUAUUUUAUCGAACGAUAACAAAUCCUCGCAAAAGACUGUCUUGUAUCAGGAGCUCAGACUAAUUGAACGAAAUGAGAGCGAAAUCAAUGGGUGCUGGAAAGGGGCUCAUAUGAUGCUAUUUUUCAUGUCAUUCGUCUUCGGGUCCGUCUGCACAUGCUGCAUUUACAGACUAAGGUUCAUGUUCGGUGAAAAAUGCGUGCUCUACCCUAAGAUCGUAACCCAUUCCACUAUACACCGAAUGGUACAUGAGUUUUUCUCUUUCAAGACUGAAAUACAAGAUUUAGAGUCUGAAAUACCGGUGGAAUUUGUGACCACCCAGUGGGCCGAAAACAGCGUAUGCUACCUGCCGACUUACGUGCCCCUGGUGUCCGGGCUGGCCGGAUUGGUCUGGACCACCAUGUUCCUCAUGUGCUCUUCGGGCACAUCACAUAAUGUCACUGGCGCGCAAAGACACUGGCGCGCGCUGCCAAUCAUGUUCCUGUUCUGUGCCACCAUGGCGGUACUGUGCCUUUACGCGUCAGCGGUCACCCACAGUGGCCUACGGGAUCUAUGCUCUAAAUUGGCCGAUGCCACUAAUUCUCCUAAGUGCGGUUUCACUAUAAACGUGGCCACGCUAGCGUACGACCGCCGCAUCCGCGGCGUGUACCAAGCAACGGUGCUGAGUAUCAUUUCGGCGUGGCUGCACACCGUCUGCUGGGUGCUGUCGACGCUACUCAUCGUGGCGCGCGUGCUGCUCGCCGUCGACUUCACGUUGGUGCACGUCCGGGCACAGCUCGUCGGCAACUUGGACGAUAUACUGCAAAAGCAUGAAAAGCAGAUUCAUUCUUUUAAUGCAGAAGCUGCAAAGCCAUACAAAACUGACAUAGACGAAGAAGAUUCAGAAGAGGAAUUAUAUGCUACAACAAACGCGAAAGGAAAUGAACAUACCCUACCACAACUUUUGGUACUACCGAGCGACAGCAAAUUAGGUGAAUUCGAUGGUAAAAUUCCACAGAUAUUCUCUUCCUCAUUAUCAUUAGUUCCUGAAGAAAGACAAAGAUUACUUGAGAUAUAUAUCCAUGAACUCUUACAUGACCUAUUGAAGAACGUAGGCACACCAGUACUAAGAAGCAGUGCAAUAACUCCUACUAGUACUAGAGCCUUAAACACUCAAAAAGGAAUGCACCUGGACACAGAUGAUGAAAAUGCUAAAAUGUUUGCAAAAGAAUUCACCCAAAAACUUCAUGAGAGACUGACCCGGGAAUUCGAUGACUUCGAACGUCAAAUCAAGUUCAAUUUAAAAAACAAAAGUAUUAAUCGUGACACUGAAGAUGAGAUUGUUUCUGAAGAGUCAGAUGACAAUAAUAUAAGUAACGACAAAACAGAUAAAUAUGAGGAUAAAAUUAUAGAAAAUGAAAAAAGUGCAGAUGUAACUAAAGAAAAUAGUAAAGAUGAUAAAGAGUGGUCUAUUAAACGUUCCUAUGUUCGAUUUAACUUUGAAUCAGAUAGCAUCAGGUUAACUGAAGAAACGAUUGCGAAACUCGAGAGGGAAGACGAGAAGAAAAAUGAAGAGGAUGAACAAAAUAAAUCGGAGGAGCUUCUGAAUCUUAACUUCAAUGAUUCAAACAGCGAUGAUAAGGCAGCCCAAAAAGAUGAAAUAUCAAACAACGAUCUAACAAAAGACGAAGAAAAUGAACAAAAAGAAUCUAAGGAUAAAGACAAACCUCAUCGGAGUAGUGAUGAUGAUGAUGAUGACGAUAGGUCCGCCCCGAAAAAUAAAUCAACAAGCAAAGAUCCAAAGCAAGGGGAAACGAAAUAAGUUGUAAAACAUGAUGAUGACAAAAACCAAAGAAACAGCUGAAGAAGUACUAAAAUACUUAAAGUUAAAAUAUUUCGAGUUAAAGCUAUAU